CUGAAAAAUUCGAUUCAUCUGCCUUUGUUUAUCGCGUUGAACGUUCUUAUGCUAAAAUAGGUUUCCUUGACGAAGCGAGCGUUGCUUAAAAUUACAUUUUUAUGAGUCAAUCCUUUACAAAUCAUCGAAUGAUGCAAGCGGUAACCGUCGGUCUCGUACGUGUGUCAUCGUUCCUUCAUUCUUGUCGCGAAGAAGGUAGGCAAGCAGAGAACUGGGCGUCUGUGUGAAAGGAAGAACUUGUUGCAGCAGAAAAGCAAGGGUCGAGAGAGGCUCGAAAUACAUAGUGUGCGUGUCUUCACAAUGAUACGACGAUGGUGUUGUUCUAGAAGAGGGGAUGCCUCGCGUUCCACGAAUAUACUAAACUCUACUUUCCUAUACCAGAAGACAACACAAGUGGUCAGGACGUAGUCGGUGAUUACACGGUGCAACCUCGAACCCUUCGGUAUUGGUUCGACGUAUUUGCUCUUAAAAAUCUUACGUUGUCAAGAAGUAUGACCAAAGAUUGGAAAACGAUUUUCGUAACCGGAGGAGCCGGUUACAUCGGUAGCCACUGUAUCGUCGAACUUUUGGAAAGUGGAUACGAUGUUGUAGCAAUAGAUAACUUCGCUAAUAGCGUGAUCGAGGGUAGCGGUGAAUCUGCGGCUCUAAAAAGAGUCGAGCAAAUAACAGGGAAGAAAGUUACCUUCUAUAAUUGCGACCUAAUCGACCGAGAUAAGCUCGAAGCAGUCUUCAAUAAGCAUAAAAUAGAUUGCGUGAUUCAUUUCGCGGCGAUAAAGGCCGUCGGUGAAUCGAUGCAGAUUCCGCUACAUUAUUAUCGUAAUAAUAUCAUCGGUGCUAUUAAUUUACUAGAGGUAAUGAAAGCUGCUGGAUGCUUCCAACUAGUUUUUAGCAGUUCGUGUACCGUCUACGGGGAACCGAAUGAACUUCCAAUCACAGAGGAGCAUCCAACUGGCAAUAUCACGAACGUAUACGGCAGAACGAAGUAUUUUAUCGAAGAAAUGCUUAAAGAUAUAUCAAGAGCCGAGAAGAAUUGGAACAUCAUUUCCCUCAGAUAUUUCAAUCCAGUGGGUGCACAUUCUAGUGGCUUGAUUGGAGAAGAUCCUACAAAGCCAUUUACAAAUUUAAUGCCUUACAUAGCGCAAGUAGCUUUGAGGCAUAAACCUGAACUCGUCAUUUAUGGAGGCGAUUAUCCUACGAAAGACGGCACAGGUAUACGUGAUUACAUUCACGUUAUGGAUUUGGCGGCUGGCCAUGUGGCAGCUUUGAAUGCCUUGCACAAACAACACUUGAGGCUAAAGAUUUACAAUUUAGGUACUGGCAAAGGUGUGUCCGUACUCGAGUUAAUCAAAACGUUUGAAAAUGUCACGGGAACGACAGUGCCGUAUGUUAUAGAAGACAGGAGAGAAGGUGAUAUAGUGUCAAUGUACGCUAACACGGAUUUAGCAGAAAAAGAGUUAGGAUGGUCGACCAAAUGCGACGUUGAACAGAUGUGUAAAGAUUUUUGGAGGUGGCAAACAAUGAAUCCACAUGGUUACCGUGCUACCAUAAAAAAUGGUAUUAACGACCACGUAAAUGGCACUUCAUAAUGGGAUAAUUUGAUUACUAUUCAAGCAUGAUUAAUUUAUAAUAAAAAUAAAAAAAAUAACAAUAGUACCGCAACUUUUUGUUAUCUCGUAAAGUUUAAUCCUAAUCGAUCAA